GAGAGGUUGAAAGGGGAUAUAAUGCGCGAUGCAAGGAGCGCACAGAAAAAUUGGGUCGAUGCGCGAAAGAUGGCGGUCGGUGCGGGUUUGUGGUGUGCGUGAAAAGCGAGAUUUCGCGCACUUGUAGGCUUUGCACGUAAAAAAACCAGCAGCGUAGUUCACCCCCUACCCCUCGUUAAUAAACCGUUUCUCAAGAAAACUCGACACAUAAUGUACUCUUUAUAGUAAUAAAAAAAAAACGCACGUGUACGACAAUGUGUUCGCGCGAAAAUAAUCGCGUUAGGUCACUUUCGAUUACGAAUACGUGAAUAUUCGAGGAAGAUAAAAAAAACACACUGGGAGGAAAAAGAAGCAAGAAGGGAGAAACGACAACUAUACGUCGACGAUCCAUGUUAGAUUACGACUAUAGUUUGUUUACCACGGGGCUUUGUGCUUGUGUAAUAAAAACGACGUGAAGCCGUGUAUGAAAAGAAAAGAAAUCAGUAGCCAACGAGAAAAGUGUGACCGUGUUGGACCGAAAAAUCAAAUAGUGGCGGUAAAGAGGAGCCGGAUUUGGGCUCGGUUCUCCAAAUAACAAAUUAUAAGGACAAUAAUGCUGAAACAAUUGCAAAUGGGAAUGAGAGCUUUUCUCCUUAUGGCUUCCCGUGUGUGGACCUGCGUCUGCUUUCUACUAAAGAAGCAGGUUAGAGCCAUUUCACAGAUGCAACCAGUCAAAUAUGAAAUCUUCCCAUUGUCUCCACUUUCGAGGCAUAGACUGAGUAUAGUCAAGAGAAAAGUACUGGUAUUAGAUCUGGAUGAGACGCUGAUCCAUUCUCAUCACGACGGAGUAGCCAGGCCAACAGUUCGGCCUGGCACACCUCCUGACUUUGUUCUCAAAGUGACGAUAGACCGACAUCCGGUUAGAUUUUUUGUCCAUAAAAGACCUCAUGUUGAUUUCUUUUUGGACAUCGUUAGUCAAUGGUACGAGCUGGUAGUUUUCACAGCAUCCAUGGAAAUAUAUGGUGCCGCGGUGGCGGAUAAACUAGACAACAACAGAGGAAUAUUGAGACGUAGAUAUUAUCGACAACAUUGUACACCAGAAAUGGGUUCGUACACAAAGGACCUGGCUGCUAUUUGCUCAGAUCUGGCAUCAGUUUUCAUACUGGACAAUAGUCCUGGAGCUUACAGAGCAUAUCCACACAACGCCAUACCGAUAAAAUCGUGGUUCAGUGACGCGGGUGACACGGCUUUGCUGAGUUUGCUUCCAGUCUUAGACGCUCUCCGGUUCACGCAAGAUGUUCGCUCGGUACUUUCGAGAAAUUUACACUUACCCCACACCGGGUAGCCUUGUUCUCAUUGAAAUUUCAUUCGUUCAAUAGCUUUCGGACAGAUCGCAAAGAGCCGAGCAGCUUAGUGUGUCUAACUUAGAGUUAAUACCGUUAUUAAUAAUAUGAACAUUAAGACACAGCUACCCCAUGUGAAAUUCGUUUAAAAAAAGAAGAAAAGAAACGAGAUAUGAAAUGAAAUUGAAAAAUCCCUCCUUCUCUCCCGGAAUUGCAGAUCGAAGUUAGAUUUUGUUUUAUACUCGUGAAACCGUAACGAGUGCAUGUACUGAUCAGCGGGACCUCAAAGGCUACAGUUACGUCAGCACAAAACAUCCUAGGAUCGAAUCCUCGCUUUUUUGUAAUUAUUUUAUAUUUUCUUCAUUUUUUACGCUCGGAAAAAAAAACAAUUUAGAUCUAUUGUACAUAAUCAGUGCUACCUACCAUUAUUAUACUCUUGGGAAAUCGUGCAUCGGUCGGAUAUUCAAAUCGAAACAUUUAAUUAUGAGUUAUGAGAAUUUAUCAAAGUCUGUGUCAAAUCUCUGUUGCUUCUAUUCUCUUACUUUUCUCUUCCCCUUACUUCAUCUUUAUUUCUUUUGUCAUUCAUUAUAGUUAGAUGCGUUUUCCUGCUCCUAUCAUCCUCGAGGUCGCUAAUGUGCAAAAAUCUCGUCGCUGUUUCCCGAAAUGUUAUACUUGCGUUGUAUCAUACGAUAUCGACCUGGGAUCAUUAGAAAUGAAGAUACUAAGUCACAAUAUGCAGCGGACUUUGCUGUAACUCACUGUAUCAGUGAGGCAGAAGUCACAAUUUAUGUUUAAUAAAGAGUAUUAAUAAAUAUUACGAAAAAAAAGAGUAAAAAAACAAGACGAUAAAGGAAAAACAUAAGGACACAACAAGAGACAAAAAGAAGCAAAGCAGAUCAUAAUUUCGUUUCUUGUUAUAGCUGAAUUGGAAGAAACAUAUGAAAAAAAAAAGAAGAAAGUUCAAUUGAAAACAAAUCGAGUCUCUGAGAAAAAUGAAAUAAAUUCGUUUCGUGUGGAACGUUAAUUAUACAAACAAACGACCGUAAAUAAUUGCUCUUUCAGCUGAUGCGUUCAUCUCAUAUAAAUAAAAUAUACGAGAAAAAAAAGAGAUAAAGAACAGUGAAACUUUGAAAUAUUUACGUGGUUUGUACAUAUUAGACGAGAUAAAAAAAAAACAAUGUAAGUUUAGUUUGUAAGGGGCAACUGUUUUCUGUCUGCGAAUGCGUUGACAUUGGGACACGUAGGUUCACGUCGUUAGAACGGAUAUAUGUAGUAUAUAUGCAUGCGUAUAUAUAUAUAUAUAUACUAAUAUAUACAUGUAUAUAUGCACAUACGUAUGUAUGGAUUUGUAUGAAUAAUUUCUCGGAUACGAAGAUAAAUUAGGAAUCGAUGAUAAGAUAAAACAGUUUGGAGAUGCACAAGAUUUUAGCAUCUUCUAAUUAUUCUCCGAUGGCAAAACAAAAUAAUAAAAUAAAUUUUCCAGUGGAAAUACAAAAUAUGUGCUUGUUUCUCGACCAAUAUUUCUGACAAAUAAAUUGGUCGUUCUUUCAAUAUUUCAGAGUUAUAUACAGCAUUUAAUGAAUUCAUUCAAAUAAAUAGGAAUCAAACGCGCAAUAUAGCAGCAAAAAUGGUAUAUUUGGCUUGAAGCAUUGUCAUAUAAAAGAGAAAAGCGGUGACACGAAUAUGACACAAAGUACAGUAUGAAAUCGUUUUAUUAAAAACAGGUAAAUGUUCAACUCUUCGCAAUCCCUUCGUUUUCACUGCCGUGUGACGACAGGCAAUUCAAAUUGACAGAAAAUGCGAUCUCUCAAAAAGUACACAAAUACCCCUUUUAAAUAAAAAAAAAGAUUCAACCAUAUCUCCAUGGAAAUAAAAACUAAUGACAAAUA